AUGUCCUUUCAAAGCUUACCCAAUGAGUUGCUCUACAUGAUCAGUGGGCAGUUGCGCCGUCCCGACCUCAACGCCCUCGCCCAAACCUGUCAGCAGUUCUACGCAUUUCUGAACAGCACUCUGUACUUCGACAACAUCCGGCUCAAUCACAGCUCCGCUCUGUUUUGGGCUGCAUCAACUGGAAGUCUCGGAACAAUCCAACGCAUGCUUGCUCACGGGGCUGACUUGCAGAUCAGAGCCGAAAGUGCUGCUGCUACCCAGUUGGGACUGAAUUACUUGAAGUCACAAAACAUGACACGCAAGAGAGGUUCUGCCAGAACGCGCCACACUAGAAGUAAAAAAGAAUCCUUGAGCUUCUCUGCUUGUGGCGAAACCCUUUUGCAUCGAGCUGCCGAGUGGAAUCAAGAAGCAGUGGCGAAAUACCUCUUGGACAACGGAUGCGAUAUGCUAUCCAUCGACAUGUAUGGAUAUUAUCCCAUUCAGCUGGCAGCACAUCGCGGCCACGAGUCUCUUGUCCGGCUUUUUCUGGAGAAAGGAUUCCACCCAAACACACUAAGCUGGGCGAGGACUGAUCCAUCAGCCAUACACAGUGCGGUAUGCGGUGGAUAUUCCGGCAUUGUGAAACUCUUGCUUGACCAUGGCGCCGAUGCAAAUCUGAAAGGGAGCUCUUCUAAUAACGAGUACUCUCCUCUCGAUCUGGCCUUUUCAGAGCAUUGGGCCACCAAGACCCAGAACAUUCUUGAUUUGCAGAAUGCGCUUGGCCCAGAGCAUAUGCGUGGUGGGCAAGAGAACUGCGCAUUGCUCCUGAUCGACCACACAGCCCCACACGAGAUUUUUGAGGACGACAGGUAUCUGUUGCUUGCAGUAAAGAAAAAUUAUGUGAAGGUGGUCCAAGCAUUAUUGGAUCUCGGCAUCGACCCAAACACAUGUUUGUUGGGGCGACGUGCACUGAGGCAUGCGAAGGACUUCAAGUUAAAGGAAUUGGUUGAUCUUCUGGAGCCUCUUAUCACUCCAGCUUCCCAACUGAAGCCAAAGCGCAAGAAGCGCAAGACUGAGCCGUGA